CACAAGUCAAUCCCUUCGCCAAAUCAGUCACCAUGCCUCCCAAGUUCGACCCCAAUGAGGUGAAGGUCAUCUACCUCCGCGCCACCGGAGGUGAGGUCGGUGCCUCCUCUGCGCUUGCGCCCAAGAUUGGUCCUCUGGGUCUCUCCCCCAAGAAAGUUGGUGAAGAUAUCGCCAAGGCGACUGGUGACUGGAAGGGUCUCCGCGUCACCGUCCAGCUCACCAUCCAGAACCGUCAAGCCGCCGUGUCCGUCGUUCCUAGCGCAUCCUCGCUCGUGAUCCGCGCCCUCAAGGAGCCUCCCCGCGACCGCAAGAAGGAGAAGAACAUCAAGCACAACAAGUCUGUUGCUCUGGACGAGAUCAUCGAGAUCGCUCGGACGAUGAAGUACAAGUCCUUCUCCAAGACUCUCGAGGGUACCGUCAAGGAGGUUUUGGGCACGGCCUUCAGCGUCGGCUGCCAGGUUGACGGAAAGAGCCCCAAGGCGAUCCAGGACGCGAUCGCGGCGGGCGAGAUUGACAUUCCUGAAGAGUAAACAAAAUUUCGACCUCAUGAGGCAAGGUGGUUUGGGAUUCUCAGGCAUGUCAAAUGGAGUUCAGGGCUUGCUCUUUAAGCUAGGCGUGGCCAUACAAAAAGCACUAUGGCUGGCAAUGAUACACCGCAACAACCAAAAAACGUUGAACAAGCAAGCCUGCCGAGCUCUUUCUUUUCCACCUCUUCCCGGUCUGUGAGAAGGUCUUCAGUGCCUCUGCCUUGUUCCCCCUAAUUGCCUCUCCCUCCCCAAAAACCCCAAUUGCAUAAUUCCAAGCAGACGAGAACGAAACGAAACGAUACCUAUGCGAAAUCAAAUGAUGCAAACCCUGGCCAACACUC